AUGGCCCGCGGUGCCGAGCGAGGCCGCGGGGCCGCAGGCUGGGGGCUGCGUGGCGCGCUGGCGGCCGUGGCCUUGCUCUCGGCGCUCAACGCCGCGGGCACCGUGUUCGCUCUGUGCCAGUGGCGCGGACUGAGCGCGGCGCUGCGGGCGCUGGAGGCGCAGCGCGGCCGGGAGCAGCGCGAGGACAGCGCCCUGCGCGCCUUCCUGGCAGAGCUGAGCCGCGCGCCGCGCCGGGCGCCCGCGCCACCGCCGGACCCCGCGAGCGCCGCCCGCAACAAGCGCAGCCACGGCGAGCCCGCGCCGCACAUCCGCGCCGAGAGCCAGGACAUGCUGAUGAUGAUGACCUACUCCAUGGUGCCGAUCCGAGUGAUGGUGGACCUGUGCAACAGCACCAAGGGCAUCUGCCUGACAGGACCACCUGGCCCACCAGGGCCUCCAGGAGCAGGUGGGUUACCAGGACACAAUGGAUCAGAUGGGCAGCCUGGUCCCCAAGGCCCAAAAGGCGAAAAAGGAGCAAAUGGGAAGAGAGGAAAAAUGGGGAUACCGGGAGCCACAGGAAAUCCAGGGGAGAAGGGAGAAAAGGGAGACCCUGGUGAACUUGGUUCACCUGGAAACGAGGGCCCACCAGGACAGAAGGGUGAAAAGGGAGACAAAGGAGACGUGUCCAAUGACGUGCUUCCAUCAGGUGCCAAAGGUGACCAAGGCCCACCUGGCCCACCUGGACCCCCUGGCCCUCCAGGCCCUCCAGGCCCUCCAGGGCCCCCUGGAGGCAGAAGAUCCAAAGGCCCUCGGCAGCCAAACAUGUUCAAUGGCCAGUGUGCAGGUGAGACAUGUACCAUACCAAAUGAUGAUACCCUGGUGGGAAAAGCUGAUGAGAAAGUCAGUGAGCACCGUUCCCCACAAGCAGAAUCCAUGAUCACUUCCAUUGGAAACCCAACACAAGUACUAAAAGUUAGAGAGACAUUCGGAACUUGGAUAAGAGAGUCUGCUGCUAACAAGAGUGAUGACCGGAUUUGGGUGACAGAACAUUUUUCAGGCAUCAUGGUGAAGGAAUUCAAAGACCAGCCUGCGCUUCUGAACGGCAGUUAUAGACUCAUCCACCUCCCGCAUUACUUCCAUGGCUGUGGGCAUGCUGUUUACAAUGACUGUCUCUACUACCACAAAGGGGGCUCCAACACCAUAGUGAGAUUUGAAUUUGGCAAAGAAACAUCCCAAACUCUGAAGCUUGAAAACGCCUUGUAUUUUGAUCGCAAAUACCUUUUUGCAAAUUCCAAGACUUAUUUCAACCUGGCUGUAGAUGAAAAGGGGCUUUGGAUUAUCUAUGCUUCAAGUGUGGAUGGCUCAAGCAUUCUUGUAGCACAGCUGGAUGAGAGGACAUUCUCUGUGUUGCAGCACGUCAACACCACGUACCCCAAAUCCAAGGCUGGCAAUGCCUUCAUAGCUCAGGGAAUCCUCUAUGUCACAGACACCAAAGAUGUGAGGAUCACAUUUGCCUUUGAUUUGUUAGGAGGGAAACAGAUCAACGCCAACUUUGAUUUAAGAACUUCCCAGUCUGUUCUUGCCAUGUUAUCAUACAACAUGAGGGAUCAGCAUUUGUAUUCCUGGGAAGAUGGCCAUCUAAUGCUUUAUCCUGUGCACUUUCUGUCAACUACAUUAAACCAGUGAUGCCCUCCUCUCUGUUCCCCUCAG